UGUUAGACAAAGUGAUGUCACACCGAAAGAAACUCCCAGAGGAUGCAGAAGGUUACACAACCGACCAGCCCUGGAACCUGAGGAGCAAAGGUCAUGCGGAAGGAUUCUUUAUGUCAGCGUGCCAGCUGAGAGAGCAGCAACAUCUUCUGGAUGUGACUGUGACGUUAGGCCCGAGCAACUACGAAGCUCAUGGCAUCAUCCUUGCUGCCGUCAGCUCUGUCUUCCGGCAACGUUUAGAGUACGGAGAGCAAGAUGUGUUGGAGUUGGACGGUGUGACCGCAGCACCUGGCUGGGAAGCCAUUUUGAAUUUUGCCUAUACUGGGCAGUUAGAAGUCAUGCCAGAGACAGCUGAGGAGCUGUUAGAUGCGGCAGAGGCUCUGGGCGUUCCUCGGGUAGCUGCGAUUUGCAAGGCGGUAUUGCUUGAGACAGAGGCAGAGGACAGGCUGAGUCCUUCUGACGAGAAAUGGGAGACACUUCGGAGCUUGGAGGAGCUGUACAAAGAAAGUGUCGGAUGUGACCUGGUGCUCAAAGCGGAGGGAGAUACCUAUCGAGUUCACCGUCUAGCCUUGGCUUGUGGCUGCGAGUUCUUCCACGCCAUGUUCACCAGCGGCAUGAAGGAAUCCCGACAGAUGGACACCCCCCUCUGCACCCGCUUCACUUCAGCCGAUCUGGGCCUGGUCAUCUCCUUUGCAUAUUCAGGUGUAGUGGCGGGUGGGUGGGAUGACCUCUUCGACGCUGCUCAAGCAGCUCUGCAGUAUCAGGUCUCGGGCAUCUUGGAGCUCUGCUUAGAUGUUUUCCAACACAAGCUUUGCCCCGAGUCUAGCUUGGAUGUCCUAUCGUUCGCCCGUGCUUACAGCCUCCACAAGUUGGAAAACACCGCAAGCGACUACAUAUUAAGGAACUUUGUUCGUGUCUCAGCCACACCCAAGUUCUUGGACCUUCCAGUCAACCAGCUGGUCGACUUCCUCAGCUCCGAUGCCCUUUAUGUCCUCAAUGAACUAGAGGCCUUUCAAGGAGCUAUCCGCUGGCUGGAUGCCGACCGGAAUGGACGGAUGGAUUGUGCCGAGAAAGUAAUGCGCUGCAUCAGGUUCCCUUUGAUGUCCACGCGGGAGCUUAAGCAAGUGCGGGUGGUAGACAUCAUGGCUCCCACAGGUCGCCUCUAUGGGCUCCUGAUCGAAUCCUUAUGCAGUCUCCCUCCGGGACCUUCCAAGUUAGAGCAGCUCCCUUGCCGGGUGAGGUACCCUGAGAAGGUGAUUGUUAUCAGCGGAGGGGACUGUCUGUCAAAGAACAUGGCCACUCGCAACCCCAGCGAGGACAUCUGGUACUCCCACCGCUUCGUCAACGGCAUUGGAUUGGUGAAGCUCAUUGAGUGGCGUCAUCUUGGGGUACUCCCAGAAGGGCCACGUUUCCGGCAUGCUGUGGCAGUCAAGGACAAUGUGAUGUACAUCCUUGGCGGGAAACACUACUAUGGAAGCAGGGAUGCCAUGAACUCAGUCUUCAAAUUUGAUCCUUUCUGCGGAAGUUGGGAACGUCUGGCCGAUAUGAUGAGCUUCCGGAGCUAUUUCGCGGCUGUCUUCCAAGAUGGACUUCUGUAUGCGCUAGGGGGAAGCUCCAGAGACACCUACUGCUUGGACUCAGCUGAGUGUUAUGAUCCACGCACCAAUACUUGGAGAUCAUGUGAGCCUCUGCCCUCUGCAGUCUGUGGCCACGCAGCCUGCGUCCUGGAUGGAUCCAUUUAUAUCUCUGGGGGCAGCGACGGCUCAUGCCGCUGCCUCAUGGCCCUGAUCCAGUAUCGCCCCGGGGCCCCGGCCAUUCAGCGAACCUCCAUGAUAGAGGAGCGAGCCGGUCAUGCCAUGGAAGCGCUGGACGGAUGCUUGUACGUGGCAGGCGGCCUGCGAUGGCGGGACGGCCAUGGCGGUUACGCCGAUCAACUGGCCUGCGAGGUGUACAGCCCGGGCCAGGAUAUGUGGAGCGCCUUCACGCCUCUGCCGCAAGCUCACGUCAUCGCCGCUUCCGUGGUCCUGCAGGGGGAGCUCUACAUCCUGGGAGGCUACAGCCACAAUACCUACCGCGAUACUCACCUGAUCCACUGCUACAACCCAGCCUACGACCGCUGGGUCAGUGUCGGGACACUUCCUCAAGCCUAUGCUGACCUCCGGGCCUGCAUUUUGGAAGUUCCUCCUUCCCUCAGGAAAAAACAGCUCCCGCCCUCAAAUGUCACCAUGUUGGAAUUGCCAGAGGAUCCUUCCACUGCGUCCGUAGACCACAACUUUUCUGAUGUUCUUCAGUAA